AUGUUAUUGUCGUUUUCCAUUAAGACAAUAAUGUUUAAUACGGCACCGAAAAUUGUGCUAGAUAAUAUUACCGGUUAUGCAAUGAGUAAUUCAUUGAACGCAUUGAUGGGACCGUCGGGUGCGGGAAAGACAACGCUAUUAAAGUGUUUGAACGGACAAAACAAUCGGGGGUUAAGUCACGAAACAAAUAUUUACAUCACUAAUAGCCGAACAGUGAAAUCAUGUUUUAUAAGAUCGGAUGUUUCCGAACAGUUAUUAUCGGGACUGACUGUACGACAGACACUGUUAUACGCGUCGAGACUCAAGAACUCGCGGAUAACGAGUCAAUUAAAUCACAAUAAAAUUGUUUGUAAUUUGAUGUCAGAACUGGUGAUCAGCGAUACGGCAGACAAUAGGGUCGAGACGUGUAGUGGAGGCGAACAAAAACAACUGGUGAUCAGCGAUACGGCAGACAAUAGGGUCGAGACGUGUAGUGGAGGCGAACAAAAACGUAUAGUAAUUGCCUGUGAAUUGACUUCUCAUAUAAAGCCUAAUAUGUUAUGUAUUGACGAACCGACGAGUGGUUUGGACAGCAAUGCCGCCGAAGUGGUAAUAAAUUGCUUAAAAUUGUUGUCCAGAACACAUGAGAUGACAAUCAUUGCGUCUAUUCAUCAGCCAAACAAUGAUUUGUUGCAUAUGUUUGACAACAUCUAUGUGUUGGCCAAAGGAGGGGUCUGUCUUGCCGAUAUAAUACUACCCGACGGGUGCGUUGAGCUCGAGUUCGGGGCCGAGUGUUACCAAACGGAGGCCGAGAUAAGGGACGAGAUAUUAAUCAAGCAAAACAUCAAAUAUAACUGCUGUUUACUCCUUGCUGUGCCUUUCGUGGUGUUGAUCGUAAUGUCGGUCACUUUUGGGUCCAAUUUUCGUGUAUUCCGUAGUCAACAGCAAAAUGGUUGGUACAGCACAGGCACAUACCUUUGGUGCCGUACAAUCGUAGACCUGAUCCCCAUAUUUAUAGCUUUGCCAGUAUUUUUGUGGAUCACAAACCGAUACAAUACAAUCACGUUCUUUAUGUUUACGUUUGCGGUUAUAUUACUGGUCAUUAUAUGUACGCAAAGUGCCGCCCAAUUGGCGUCCCUAUUGUUUAUGAAUGACACUAAAGUGGCACUAAUUGUCGCUAUAUUGAUACAUGCUACAGUAUUUUUUAUGAGCAAUAGUCUGAUCCCGGUGAAAGAGCUACAUUAUAUUAUGCAAGAAUUAAGUCACCUAUCCUACAUUCGACACGCGUACGAAUGCAUUAUUAUCAUGUUGUAUGGCUUUGACAGAUGUCAGGGUAAUCAAGUAUCGACCGUAUUGUACGGCAUGGAAAUUGAUGAUGAUCUGUUUUGGCCUAAUAUGAUCCGAUUGGUCGAGAUGGCAAUCGCGUGGACAGACCUUAGGGUUAGUGUCGGGUCGGGAGUGUUGGGCAGGAUAGAGAAACGGAUAUUGUGUGGUAUUUCGGGUGCGUUUACGUCGGGAUCGUUGAACGCAUUGAUGGGUUCUUCGGGUUCCGGGAAAUCAACGCUUUUAAAGUGUUUGAAUGCAAACAAUGAAUACGUAUUGAGUGACGGGUCGGCAGACCAAAAUGAGCGCAUAAUGACGGGUCUGACUGUAGUCCAGGCGCUCACCUAUUCAUUAAAGCUAAAAAACAGUGACAAAUGCAGUGUUGAAGUGAUUGACCACAAGAAUAAUGUGUUGGUUUUAAUGGAGGAGUUGCUAAUCAGUGAUAUCGCAGAUAAUGUGAUAGAGAAGUGCAGUUCCGGACAAUUCAAACGCAUUUGCAUUGCAUUGGAGUUGACAUCAGUUGUUAAGCCAUACCUACUGUUCAUCGAUGAGCCGACCACUGGUCUCGACACACACUCAGCACUCACUCAAAAGGAGGGGUUUGUCUGUAUUCAGGAGUUCCGCAACAAUUGA